UCCGGGUAGAAACUGUCGGUCCUUCGCUAGUUCCGGGUCGAGGUCGCUGCGUGAGAACGUGAGGCCGACGGGUUGAUACAGAGUAUAAUAAAUAAUUAACAUAUUCUCGUAUCCAAUCUACAUGCAUUACUUUCGGUUCAAUUCAGUUUGUAUACACAAUUUUAUUAGUAAAAAAAACACAUCACAUAGCAUUAGCUAGCUCCCUCCAGGUGGGGACAGAGUGCCUACCCCAAGCGACGAGUCAGGGUACUGCAGCAGUAACACACCUGGUGAGGAGGGAGCUCUCGAUGUAGUUGAGUUCCAACCCUCACCCUGUAACGAGCAUUAAAGUGUGACAGUCUAUAACGAGCAUUAAAGUGUGACAGUCUAUAACGUGUAUUAAAGUGUGACAGUCUAUAACGUGCUCUCAAACAAAUAUGUAUUUGGAGCAAAUUCAGGUUCAAAACAGACUGAUAUUUCCCAACAGCCUAUCUAAUGUUAUAUAUUAUACUGCUGAUGUCGAUUUGAUCGGGUUAUCAAACUAUUGAAAGCAAUAAUAAAUAAAAAAACAAAUAGUUCGACAGCGGAACAACAUGGUGAUUAAUAGCAAGGCGGAACUCUCUCUCUCUCUCUCUCUCUCUCUCUGUGCCGUUUCCCACCGAACCACUAAGCCGGAACACCAGUCACGCUUGUCAUGACAACAACACCAAGCUACCCGGAGUCUAAACAUGUACUUCCGGAGUUCGACUUUCAGAUUAAAAGAGUUAUCAACCUGAAUCCCAAACUGAAAAUAACUAAAUGAGCUAAAUGUUUAAAUUAAUUUGCUCAGUACUUUUAUCCCAAAUGUCAUAUUUCUCAGAAUAUAAUACAGAAUAUAAUUCGACACAUAUCCUAACAUUACGACGUAAACAAAUAAAAAUACAACACCAAACACGACCGAGACUUUUAAAUUGAAAAGUAAAACCGAUCCACUUCCGGUGAUGGCGGCGCAGACUUGACACCACCUCACGCCGUCGACACCGGGGAGCACCCAUACAACGGGCCGUGUGAAGCAGCGCUGGUUCGGUUCACCCUGAAGCUUCGGAACAAUGGUCGGAAAGAUCAAACACGUCCGCCAGAAGCUCCACCAGGAGGCCGUGAGGCUCGAGAGGCCGGGCCGACUCGCGCAGACCCCCGGCUCCGCGCCGCCUGCGGGUCCGGAGCAGCAGCCCGCUGCCUCGGAACAGAAAACAAGCGCUCCUCUUCUGGAGAAUCAGAAGAGCGAAAACCAGCCUCUGGGAGAGAUCUGCUUCCCCUCUGGGAUCUUCGCGGGCACCAGGAUCACUCCAGAGGCCCUGGUCCAGACGCUCAAGUUCGAGGACCCCCCAGACGCCCCGUUGCCUGCUCAGAAAGGCCCAGAAGAGAAGAAAGUCAAGUCAAAGAAGGAGAAGAUGAAGGAGAGGAGGGAUAGAUGGCUUAACAAGAUCAGCUCCAUCAAACAGGCCAAGGAGCAGCAGGCGGCCGAGGCCCGGCGGGAGGCCACGCCCGUGGUGGGCGACAUGAGGCCGCUGGCCGACGCCCUGCCGGAGCUCUCUCAGCUCACCGCACCCGCUGCCUCCGCCCCCGCCGCUCGACGCAAGAGCAGGAAAAACAAAGUGCCGGUGAAGAGGCCUGAACCAACAGACUUCAGUCAGAUGAAACAGUCACAGAAACGCAAACUCCUGGAAACGGAGACCAGCCGGUUCAGCAACGCGGUCAAGACCCUCUCGGCCAAAAUGAACCCGCUUUCGGACAUCGGCGAGCAGCUGAGGAAGAGGAUGAGGCAGGAGGAAGAGCAGGGCCCCAGCUAACGGCAGCAGGAAGUGCUUCCACAGACGUUACUCUCCCGAUCAGGGAAACCCAACCCGGAACACCCUGGAUUUAGGAGGAGGAAGCCGAUACCUGGGCCCCCACCCCCCUGACUGAAGGGUGCUGCUCCAGGUGUUUGUACAUGUCCACCCUCUCUUACCAGCUUCCCUCUUCAGUAAUAAAUCAGCGUUCAGUCAACCA